AUGACUGACUCUCACCCGUCUGGCUCCGCAGGCGCCUCCAACGGCAGCUCGGUCAGCGCCAGUGACUGGAACAUCACGGGCAGCGGCCCCUGGUUGCUGGCCUUCAUGCUGACCGUCAUCAUCCUCAUGACGAUCUGCGGCAACAUGCUGCUCAUAGCUCUGGUGUUUGCCCAUCGCUCCUUGCGCUGCACUUCAAACUGCUUCCUGGUCUCUCUGUUCUUCUCCGACCUCAUGGUGGCGUUGGUGGUCAUGCCCCCCGCCAUGCUCAACGUGCUGUGCGGGGCCUGGGUGCUGUGGCCGGCCUUUUGCCCCGUCUGGCUGUGCUUUGACGUCAUGUGCUGCAGCGCGUCCAUCCUCAACCUGUGCGUGAUCAGCCUGGACCGCUACAUCUUCAUCAUCUCGCCGCUGCGCUACAAGCAGAGGAUGACCCCGGCCCGCGCGCUCCUCCUGGUGGGAGCCGCCUGGGGACUGGCGGCGCUGACCUCCUUCCUCCCCAUCGAGAUGAAGUGGCACAGUUUGGGUUACGGGAGUGGAUAUUCCCCAUUCCCCGAGGUCCUCGGUAAUAUCAGCUCCCUCUCUGACAAACAGUACCCAGAGUCUUAUUUUCAGACCACACCGUCAGGAGGCGCUUCCUUUCAAUGCCGCCUACAGGUUACCCUGCCCUUUGCCCUGGUGGCAUCCGUACUCACCUUCUUCCUGCCGUCCAGCGCCAUCUGCUUCACCUACUGCCGGAUCCUUCUGGCAGCACGGAGACAAGCCAAGAGAGUCGCGGCGCUGAGUAAUCCUCCACAUCUCUCCCUCGGAGAACCCUCUCGACCCCCUUCAUCCGGGGUUGCAGCGGGGCAAGCUCAGCAGGAUAGAGAGGACUGCAAUCACCACGCGCCUCCCCUGGGGAACCUACCGCCGUCGGUGAACAGCGAGCGCCGCCUGGCUCACAGGCAGGGUCGCAGGGCGCUGAAGGCCAGCCUCACCCUGGGAGUCCUGCUGGGACUCUUCUUCAGUGCCUGGUUACCCUUUUUCAUCACCAACAUGGCUCAGGCGGUGUGUGAGUGCGUCCCCCUGGCCCUUUUUGAUGCCAUCACCUGGCUGGGUUACUGCAACAGCACCAUGAACCCCAUCAUCUACCCGCUGUUCAUGAGGGACUUCAAGCGAGCCCUGGCGAGGCUCCUGCCCUGCUGCUCCUCCCGCUCCCCCCGGAGACCCUCGCCAGCGCUCUCCCUCUCCCUGCGCAACUCCGGAGAGCCCAACAUCUGCAGCGACCCCCCCUCGCCCCUGGCCUCUGACCCCACUCACCCCCCCGCCACUGCGACGGAUGCUGUCAACCUGCUGGACGCUGAGCACGCUGGGAUCGAGUUGCCUCUGCUUCUCCCCAAUCAGGUGGACACCCUCGACUGA